AGCAUUGUCUUUUGUCAUUGUGAUUUGUGAGACAGCGGCUGUUUUUUUAUUUUGCAGAUGUUCUUGCUUUCUCAGUUCUUAGUAAUUACUGGAAUUUUAGAUAUUAUUGCCAUGCACUCCAGCCAGGAUCAAAAAAACCUAUUCCUUACAUCAUAAUAUUUUGUAAGAAUGGCAGCGUCUGGGACUGAAAUUGAAGACUUCUUGAACGGGCCCCUAGUUUCGUGGGUAAAAUCAUGUUUACCAAAUCCUGAUCUUAUCACUGAAUAUGCAUCCCUCUUUAAUGGAGAUAUACUCCAACAAGUGUAUCUUCAAAUUGACCCAGAGCCUUCAUUUCACAUCACUAAACUUGCUGGAUUGGAGGAACAAGCUCUUAUUCUUGGGAGGGUCAAAAACUUUGAUGCAAUAGUCAAAAAUGUCAAGGCUCUGUAUGAAGAAGAGUUGGGAAUGACACUGUUGGUAGUCCCAGAAUGCAUUUGCCUUGGAAAAUCUCCAGAGACUAGAGAAGGGCUGGAAAAUAUGAAGUUGCUAAUUCUUUUAUUGCUUGGAGCUGCUGUACAAUGCCCCAACAAGGAACUGUUCAUCACUCGCAUCAAAGAACUAGAUGUGGAGUUGCAGCACAAUAUAGUGGAGUGCAUCAAGCAGGUGACUGACAUGCAAACAGUGGUUUUAACGCCAGACGCGAUAGAUCUUUUCCAAUCUCCGACUAUGUUCAACCAUAUGCGGCGGCUUGCCAAAGAACGCGAUCAUUAUCUCCAGAACUGGACUUCGCUAGCCCUUCAAGAAGACCUGUGCGAGAAUGACAACGAAAAUAAAAAUGGAAAAAAUAGGUCGACUCAAAAUGUCAACCAGAACAUCAGCGAAAGUCAACAUCUUGCUGUUGAACUGGCCGACUGGAAAGCGCGUUUGCGAAAACAGAGACAAGAGUUAGAAGAAAAAUCUGAACAACUAUCCGAAUGUCGUGAAGAAUUAGAACAUACCAAACUAGUACUUGGCAAGUUACGUUCUGACAGCCAGGAAUGGUUUAACGAAGCAAGAAAGGCGGCAGCCUAUAGAGAUGAGGUCGACGCAUUACGGGAGAAGGCGGAAAGAUGUGACAGGUUAGAACAAGAAAUUCAAAGGUACAGAGACCGAUUGGCCGAUGCAGAGUACUACAAGACUCGCGUUUCGGAGCUCCGAGAAGAUAACAAGGCUCUCAUGGAGACACGAGAUGCGUUAGAGGAGCAGCUACAAAGAGCCCGGAAACGAGCUGAGCAGUGCCUGACUUUAGAGGCUGCCAUGAUCAAGUUAAAAAGAGAAGCCAACGACAUUGCUUUGGAAAGAGAUGCUGACCAACAGAAGAUUCAAGAACUCAUAGAAGAAAACAACCACUUGCAAUACAUAACGAAAUCAGUCCUAAGCGAAAGCAACAACAGUAACUUAGACACGGACAAUGAGUGCGAAAGCACAUUAGAAUCAGGCGAGAACAGUUUGUCCGAACAGUUGACGAGUAACGCUCAAGCAAGGGCGUUAAAAUUGGAGUUAGAAAACAAGAGACUGCUCUCUACCAUUGACAGCCUUCGAGAACAAUCAUUACUUGAAAGUGGAGAAAAAUUACUGGAACUGGAGAAAGAGAAGAAAAAGCUAACAUUGAAGUGUGAACAACUACAAGAAAACUGUAACCGAGUUAUGCAACAGAACUCAGAAUUAGAAGAAGUGUUUAAAAACGCAUUAGAAGAAAACAGAAAACUUCAAGAUUCUUUGGAUAGUCAGAAAGCAUUUAUCGAUCGUCAAUCCAUCGACAGAGAUUCAGAGAAAAACAAAUUACAAGAUUUUGAAAAGCACUUGGAAUCUCUUACCAAAGACAAACAAAGAAUCCAAAUGUUAUGUGAUUCAAUUCAAAGGAGAGCUGACGAUUUAGAGAAAACUUUAGAUUCGAGAACUAAAGAAUUAAACAUUCUCAAACCAGAAGCCGAUAAAGUAACUGGACUAAUUAUACAAACUGAAGAGCUUAAAACUAAAUUGUCCUAUAGUGAAAAAGAAACACAUAACCUUCAAAGGGAAGUUAAUAAGUUAAAAGAAGCUGUUGAAGAAAAAGAUGUAUCAAUUGAUAAAUUAACAACUGAAAUAGAGUUAAAGAAAAAGGAACUAGAAAGGUUGGUUAAGGAACUCGAAAUUAAUCAAAACACAAUUAGUCGAUUACAAGACUUGGAACAGAAAACGCAAGAACUCAAGUCUCAAAAGAAAAUGGAUUCAGAAACAAUUCAAACUUUACAAAAGGAUUUGAUUAAGGAGAAAGUCAAUUUCGACAAGCUAAGAAAUUGCUUAGAGAAGCUUGGUAUUCAUAGUUCAGAAAUAAUGUCCAAAGAUGUUAAUGUGGAAGAUUUGCUUGAAAAAAUUAUCACAAAUACUGAUCAUGAAAAUUUAAUAUCAGAAAUAGCAGCGAAAGCAAACUUGAUGGCCUUAGUGCCGUGCAGUUGUAAACAGGCAGACGUAGAAGUUAAUGACAUCGAUGAAAAUAUAGUCAAUCCACAAAUAGAACAAUUAACUGCUGACGUGAGUGCACUUCAGGCGUCAUUGGAGAGUUGUCAGUCCGAAAACGCCAAAUUGCAAGUGAAUGUCGCCACUCUCAACUCACAAAACGGUUCCUUGAUAUCACAACAAAUGACUUUACAGCUGGCCAACAGCCAAUUAGCAGCUGAAAAGGAAGAAAUCAUUAAACAGCUAGAAGUUUUAAAAGAUAAACAAGAUAAUCUGUUGCGAGAUCAAGUGGCUUUACAGACACUCCAUGAACAACUCAAUACUGAGUAUGAAUUGUUGUUAAGUGAAAGAGAACCAGUUAAAAUAACUGUAAGGGAUUUGAAGUUAGAAAAUCGAGAAUUGAAAGAAAAGCUAGAAAGUCAUGAAAAAAAGAUAUCAGAAUUUGAAUUAGAACGCGAGAAUCUUAAAAUUGAAUCAAGAAAUCUAACCAAUUUAAGAGCUGAACAUUCAAAACUAAAAGACGACUUCAGAAAUCUAUUUACCGCUAGUGAUCGACUCAAAAACGAAUAUCGUAACAUGCAAGAAGAAUAUAGAAAUCUCAGAAGUGAAGUAACACAAUUAAAAUUGAGAAACACUGAGAUGUCUGGUGAAAUUAAUACAAAACUAGAAAUAAUAACUAGUAUGGAAUUAGAAAUAAAUAAGACAAACCAGCACUGUGAGAUGCUUGUUCAUAUGAACAAAAGUUUGGAUGCUGACAGGCGCUCAUUGAUGGACCACGUCUCCCAACUGCUUACUCAGUAUCAUGAAUUACUGGCACAUUCUUUGAAAGAUAAGCAGCAUUAUCACGAAGAAGAGAAAAUGUUUGCUGAUAAAGUAAACGCAUUAUGUCGCCAAAAGGAAAAGCUUGAGGAGAAAAUCAUGGAACAUUAUAAAAAACUUGACAACUGCACCACAAAGAGGCGUGGCUUUGGGGCUUCGUUUGUCAAAAAAGUAAGAAAAGCGGGAACCGAUUUAAUAAAUAAAACGGCGAGGAAUAAUAAAAGAAUAGAAGACGCAGGUCGUUCGAAAUCACAGUUGACUCUAGCCGGUUCUGAAUCAGGAGAAUCGGACCCAGGGCAAGACGUCGAAAAGAUAUCCAAAAUUUCGGAUCAGGACCCAGGUUCGUCAGUUCCUAGCAUGGAAUCGCCGCGCCACAGUUCCGAUUCCAGUUUUAGCAGAAGGUUUGACGACAAACUGCUAAAGAAAUCUGACAACACAGAUAUGACUGGGUCUAUCCCUAGUUUAGAAUCGGCCAGAUUGACUGGCGAAGGAAACUUUGUGAGAAGGCUCUCGACUACAUCUAUGCACAGCGGCGGCGGGGACGACGCUCUGAUUCGGGCUUCUUUGAGAAGGAGAGCGCAUAAAGCGGUUCCGUCCUCUCACAGAAACAGUUACCAGGGCUUAGAAAACGACUCAGGGUUGCCACCUGCAGCAUCGACACCUUCGCCUGUGUUCGGAACUGCCGGCAGCCGCCGCACGGUGUACGUGGCCGACGACAAUCCAGACAUCACGCUUAACUCCAAACCUCAGAGCACCCCUAUAAAAGAAAACCCAACUUAUUUAGUGUAUAACAGAAUUUCGACGGUUAUUGGUGACGGUGCUUGUCAGAGCAUGCCCGACCGGUCGACGAGUGAUCUGCAUCGAUCGACUUCUGAAGUGCAACGCUCGACGAUAGACGAUGGUUUACAAGAAAGAGAGGAGCUCAGACAUGACAGAAGGAACACCAGCCGCAGUGAAAAAGCUGACACCUCGAAGGAGUCGGCGAUAUGGUAUGAAUACGGUUGCGUAUGA